AUGGCAUUCUCUCCAUGGAAGCUGUCCUCCCAGAAACUUGGCUUUUUUCUGGUGACUUUUGGUUUUAUUUGGGGAAUGAUGCUUCUGCAUUUUACUAUUCAGCAACAAACACAACACGAAAGCAGUUCAGUCCUGCGUGAGCAAAUUUUGGACCUUAGCAAAAGAUACAUCAAAGCAUUAGCUGAAGAAAAUAAAAAUGUAGUUGAUGGGCCUUAUGUUGGGACAGUGACAGCAUACGAUUUGAAGAAGACACUUGCUGUCCUGUUGGAUAAUAUCUUGCAGCGCAUCGGGAAGUUGGAGUCCAAGGUGGAAAAUCUUGUACUUAAUGGAACAGGAGCAAACUCGACCAACAAUACUACCACUUCUGCUCCCAGCUUAGGAGCAGCUGAAAAGCUUAAUGUAGCAGAUCUCAUAAAUGGAGCCCAGGAACAGUGUGAAUUGCCUCCUAUGGAUGGUUUUCCUCACUGUGAAGGGAAAAUAAAGUGGAUGAAAGAUAUGUGGCGAUCGGAUCCCUGUUACGCAAGCUAUGGUGUAGAUGGGUCCACAUGCUCCUUUUUUAUUUACCUCAGUGAGGUUGAAAAUUGGUGUCCUCGUUUACCUUGGAGAGCAAAAAAUCCUAAUGAAGAAACUGAUCAGAAAACAGUGGCUGAAAUUCGUAUCAACUUUGAUAAUCUCUACAAAAUGAUGUCAAGGCACGAGGAAUUCAGGUGGAUGAUGUUGCGCAUCAGACGAAUGGCUGAUACCUGGAUUGAAGCAAUUAAAUCACUUGCAGAAAAACAAAAUUUGGAGAAAAGAAAACGGAAAAAGAUCCUUGUUCAUUUGGGACUUUUGACAAAAGAAUCUGGAUUCAAGAUUGCAGAAAAUGCGUUUAGCGGUGGCCCACUUGGUGAAUUAGUCCAGUGGAGUGAUUUAAUUACAUCUCUCUACUUACUGGGCCAUGACAUCAGGAUUUCAGCUUCACUGGCAGAGCUCAAGGAGAUUAUGAAGAAGGUUGUAGGUAACAGAUCUGGCUGCCCAACCCAGGGGGAUAAAAUUGUAGAACUCAUUUACAUUGAUAUUGUGGGACUGACUCAGUUUAAGAAAACCCUUGGUCCAUCAUGGGUCCAUUACCAGUGUAUGCUAAGAGUUUUGGACUCCUUUGGGACUGAGCCAGAGUUUAACCAUGCCCAUUAUGCCCAGUCUAAAGGCCACAAGACACCUUGGGGAAAGUGGAACCUCAAUCCGCAGCAGUUUUAUACAAUGUUCCCUCACACUCCAGAUAACAGCUUCCUUGGAUUUGUGGUAGAGCAGCAUCUGAAUUCCAGUGACAUUAAGCACAUUAAUGACAUCAAAAGGCAGAAUCAAUCUCUCGUUUAUGGCAAAGUAGAUAAUUUCUGGAAGGAUAAGAAGGCUUAUCUGGAUGUCAUCCACACCUAUAUGGAAGUCCAUGGAACUGUUCAUGGGACAAGCACCAUGUACAUUCCUGGCUAUGUAAAGAACCAUGGAAUACUCAGCGGGCGGGAUUUGCAGUUUCUACUGAGGGAAACCAAACUGUUUGUUGGUCUUGGAUUUCCAUAUGAAGGGCCGGCUCCCUUGGAAGCUAUUGCCAAUGGAUGUGCUUUCCUAAAUUUAAGAUUUAACCCGCCAAAAAGCAGCAAAAACACUGAUUUUUUCAAAGGCAAACCUACACUCCGAGAGCUGACGUCUCAGCAUCCCUAUGCUGAAGUUUACAUUGGGAAGCCCCAUGUGUGGACUGUAGACAUCAAUGAUCUUUCUGAGGUUGAAAAGGCUGUGAAAUCAAUUUUGAAUCAAAAGAUUGACCCUUAUUUGCCCUAUGAAUUUACCUGUGAGGGAAUGCUUCAGAGGAUGAACGCCUUUAUUGAAAGACAGGAUUUCUGUCAUGGGCAGGUGAUGUGGCCCCCAUUAAGUGCCCUUCAAGUAAAAAUUGCUGAACCUGGAAAAUCCUGUAAGCAAGUCUGUCAGGAAAGCCAGCUCAUCUGUGAGCCUUCCUUCUUCCAGCAUCUCAACAAGGACAAAGCUCUGCUUAGGCAUAAUAUCGAAUGUCUCACCAUGGAGUCUGCCAACGAUAUCCUGGUCCCCUCUUUUGAUGGAAGGAGGAAGCACUGUGUUUUCCAAGGUGACCUGCUGCUGUUCAGCUGUGCUGGCUCUCACCCUGCCCACAGAAGGAUCUGCCCCUGCAGGGACUACAUCAAGGGGCAGGUUGCACUCUGCAAAGACUGCCUAUAGCAGCAGCAGGGCUGCUCCCUGCUGGGACAACGUGAGUAGUUUGGAGAGGAGGAGUUCCUUAGUACUCCCUGCACUUUGGUCCAGGUUUUCCGCUGCAGGCAGAGCUAACAU